AUGGGGGUGCAGGAAAUUUGUUUCAAAUUGCCUGAUAUCAGAUGUCCUCCAAGAGCUGAUACGAUAGUAGUUGAGGAUGAUACUGUGGUAACGUUGCAAUUUGGAAGUUCAUCGAUAUCAGAUCCCGAGGAAGAAACGGUGGUGGGAUUUGAUGAAAUGACGGUGAGGAUUGUGGGUCAGCUUAUUCUAAGAGGAGCAGGAUCGGGAUCUGAUGAAAUGCCGGGGGAGAUUGUAGAUCGUCUUAUUCGAGAAGGAGAACGAUGGAAGUCGGANGAUGAGGAUUGUGGGUCAGCUUAUUCUAAGAGGAGCAGGAUCGGGAUCUGA